AUGAAGGCAAUGCAGUUGUGUAUAUAUCAAUGUACUGUGUGUCGUGAAGCUUGGCCUUUGAAAACAAGAGCAAAAGAGUUGUCUAAGUAUGUUUGUGCCAGGUGUUCCUGUGAUAAAAAUAGUCCAAAAAAGUUUUCAAUUGAGAACUCAAUGACACCAUCACCAGUUCCAAAACAAUUGCAAGGUUUAACUCAGUUUGAAGAAAUGUUAAUUGCUAGGGCAUUUUCAGUCAUGCAUGUAUAUACAAAACCAAGGGGUGGUCAAAAAGCGUACAAAGGUCAUGUGAUAACAUUACCUCAAGAUGUGUAA